AUGAACUUCGGCAUCAUCAAUAAUCGUCGUCCAGACCCGCGGAAGCGUGGCGGUGCGUCCGUGAACGCUUUAUUGGCAGAUCCUCGAAUGCGAGAAAUCGCCAAGCAAAUGGGGCUCCAGCCCCAAGAUUUCGGCGAGGAGGCGCAGGCUCUGUGGAACACACUCAACGACUUAUCCACGUCAGAUCCCAAGCGCUACGAGUCGUUCAUCAACGAGCAACUGCAAGACGGACCACCUCCACCUACGGAUUCAUCAACAAGCGAUGCUGCCCCUCGUUUCUUCACUCCUGACCCUGGUUUCGUGGUUAAAUGCAAUAUGUACCACUCGAUCAAGUGUCAGCAGAAAGAGACCAAGCUCUUCCUCAAUAUCUGUGCACACAGCCUCAUAGACGCUCCUAAGAACCCAAAUUCUGGUCUCGAAGUACCUGAAGACACGCGAGCUGUGCCCAAUACCAACAGCUUGCAAGUUCCUCUAGUCGUAGGUAAGCUACGCGAAAUCACCGACUUCAGUGGUUCUCUAUGCUGUGCCGUUGAUGUCGUAGUGAACCCGUGGGUACUUCGUCGUAGCGAAUGGGACGCGAAUUUCAAGCGAGAAGUCAUGAAAUUCGCAGUGCAGUGGGUACAAGAAGACGCAAAGGUGAGACUUGUCACGCCUACAGGGAAGUUCAUCAAAGCUCGAUACAAAGGCGGCGUGACUGUGGGCAGCGAGACCAUCACGUCCAAGUUCCGUAUUGAAGACGCUGACCCAACCAAGCAACGCAUGGAGUCGCCGGCUGAUCUCCUCAAGCAGAUCAAUCUUGACGAAGCCAAGCAAGGCGAAGGGAUAAAGGAGCUGACAAUCACGCCGUCGAAAGAGGUCAACCCCAGUCAAAAGCCGGAUGUCUUGCUGAAAGCUCCUUCGUUGGAUGCUCAACCUCCGCCAGCACCAGUGAUAAAAAUGGAGAAAAAGCCCGAGAAGCUGCUGAUUGAGGAACUGCCGUCUCCUUCAAGCAAGACGACACAGAGUUCUCAAUCUAUGAACACGAAGGCGAAGGCUGUUAAUACGCAACGGAAGAAGAGUAGUGCAGUAAAGCGUGGGUUUCUGAACUCGACUACGUCACAACUGUAUCCAAAGGGAUCGAGUGAAGGCCGUCCGUCGUCGGCGUAUGUAAACCUUCUGAGUCGUAGUAAGAUUGUAGAUCUAGGCGAGAUGGAACGACAGCAGAAGGCGCAACAAGAUGAACGCAAAGAGGCCAUAGAGUUGCUGCAACCAACAAAGCGAGAUAAGUCAACUGAAAAGCGUGCAGCAACAGCAUCAGGAUCCGAGGAAUAUGAUCACGGUGAUAUUAUCUUCGAACAGCUCUGUGAACUAGCCGAACCAGACCUCAAACCCAUCACUAAUGACAGUACCAGUCCUCAUCUCAGCGAUACAAUGAGCGGUGACCAGCUUUUUGGUGAAGGAUUCGAAGAGUUUGCGAAGCUUUUGGCCCCUUAA